AUGAAAUCCGUUCGUCUGUCGAUUCCUCAACAACAGAAAUCAGAAAAUCAAACACAGCUUAGUAAAGUUAGUCUUAUACGUACGGUUGUUUUGUUUUUACUGUUUCCACCUGUGUCUAUUAUCAUUCUCCCUCACCUCUCUCUUUAUCACGCCUCUCUGCUCUCACCUCUCUGCCCUCACCUCUCUCUUUAUCACGCCUCUCUACCCUCACCUCUCUCUUUAUCACACCUCUCUACCCUCACCUCUCUCUUUAUCACGCCUCUCUACCCUCACCUCUCUACCCUCACCUCUCUACCCUCACCUCUCUACCCUCACCUCUCUGCCCUCACCUCUCUACCCUCACCUCUCUGCCCUCACCUCUCUGCCCUCACCUCUCUACCCUCACCUCUCUACCCUCACCUCUCUGCCCUCACCUCUCUGCCCUCACCUCUCUCUUUAUCACACCUCUCUACCCUCACCUCUCUACCCUCACCUCUCUGCUCUCACCUCUCUCUUUAUCACGCCUCUCUACCCUCACCUCUCUACACUCACCUCUCUACCCUCACCUCUCUACCCUCACCUCUCUACCCUCACCUCUCUCCCCUCACCUCUCUGCUCUCACCUCUCUGCCCUCACCUCUCUGCCCUCACCUCUCUGCCCUCACCUCUCUGCCCUCUCUGCUCUCACCUCUCUGCCCUCACCUCUCUGCCCUCACCUCUCUGCCCUCACCUCUCUACCCUCACCUCUCUACCCUCACCUCUCUACCCUCACCUCUCUGCUCUCACCUCUCUGCCCUCACCUCUCUGCCCUCACCUCUCUGCCCUCACCUCUCUGCCCUCUCUGCUCUCACCUCUCUACCCUCACCUCUCUGCUCUCACCUCUCUACCCUCACCUCUCUGCCCUCACCUCUCUGCUCUCACCUCUCUACCCUCACCUCUCUACCCUCACCUCUCUACCCUCACCUCUCUCUUUAUCACGCCUCUCUACCCUCACCUCUCUGCCCUCACCUCUCUGCUCUCACCUCUCUACCCUCACCUCUCUGCUUCACCUCUCUACCCUCACCUCUCUACCCUCACCUCUCUACCCUCACCUCUCUGCCCUCACCUCUCUGCCCUCACCUCUCUGCCCUCACCUCUCUGCCCUCACCUCUCUACCCUCACCUCUCUACCCUCACCUCUCUACCCUCUCUGCUCUCACCUCUCUGCCCUCACCUCUCUACCCUCACCUCUCUGCCCUCACCUCUCUGCCCUCACCUCUCUACCCUCACCUCUCUACCCUCACCUCUCUACCCUCACCUCUCUACCCUCACCUCUCUACCCUCACCUCUCUGCCCUCACCUCUCUGCCCUCACCUCUCUGCCCUCACCUCUCUGCCCUCACCUCUCUGCCCUCACCUCUCUACCCUCACCUCUCUACCCUCACCUCUCUGCCCUCACCUCUCUGCUCUCACCUCUCUGCCCUCACCUCUCUGCCCUCACCUCUCUCUUUAUCACGCCUCUCUACCCUCACCUCUCUGCCCUCACCUCUCUGCCCUCUCUGCUCUCACCUCUCUGCCCUCACCUCUCUGCCCUCACCUCUCUGCCCUCUCUGCUCUCACCUCUCUACCCUCACCUCUCUGCUCUCACCUCUCUACCCUCACCUCUCUACCCUCACCUCUCUCUUUAUCACGCCUCUCUACCCUCACCUCUCUACCCUCACCUCUCUGCUCUCACCUCUCUGCUCUCACCUCUCUGCCCUCACCUCUCUGCCCUCACCUCUCUGCUCUCACCUCUCUGCCCUCACCUCUCUACCCUCACCUCUCUACCCUCACCUCUCUGCCCUCACCUCUCUGCCCUCACCUCUCUACCCUCACCUCUCUGCUCUCACCUCUCUGCUCUCACCUCUCUACCCUCACCUCUCUACCCUCACCUCUCUGCUCUCACCUCUCUGCUCUCACCUCUCUGCCCUCACCUCUCUGCCCUCACCUCUCUACCCUCACCUCUCUACCCUCACCUCUCUGCCCUCACCUCUCUACCCUCACCUCUCUACCCUCACCUCUCUGCCCUCACCUCUCUGCCCUCACCUCUCUGCUCUCACCUCUCUACCCUCACCUCUCUGCCCUCACCUCUCUGCCCUCACCUCUCUACCCUCACCUCCUCUCUGCCCUCACCUCUCUGCCCUCACCUCUCUGCCCUCACCUCUCUCUUUAUCACGCCUCUCUACCCUCACCUCUCUACCCUCACCUCUCUCUUUAUCACGCCUCUCUACCCUCACCUCUCUGCCCUCACCUCUCUGCCCUCACCUCUCUGCCCUCACCUCUCUGCCCUCACCUCUCUGCCCUCACCUCUCUGCCCUCACCUCUCUGCUCUCUCACCUCUCUACCCUCACUCACCUCUCUGCUCUCACCUCUCUGCCCUCACCUCUCUGCUCUCACCUCUCUGCCCUCACCUCUCUGCUCUCACCUCUCUACCCUCACCUCUCUACCCUCACCUCUCUGCUCUCACCUCUCUGCUCUCACCUCUCUGCCCUCACCUCUCUGCCCUCACCUCUCUACCCUCACCUCUCUACCCUCACCUCUCUGCCCUCACCUCUCUACCCUCACCUCUCUACCCUCACCUCUCUGCCCUCACCUCUCUGCCCUCACCUCUCUGCUCUCACCUCUCUACCCUCACCUCUCUGCCCUCACCUCUCUGCCCUCACCUCUCUACCCUCACCUCUCUGCCCUCACCUCUCUGCCCUCACCUCUCUGCCCUCACCUCUCUCUUUAUCACGCCUCUCUACCCUCACCUCUCUACCCUCACCUCUCUCUUUAUCACGCCUCUCUACCCUCACCUCUCUGCCCUCACCUCUCUGCCCUCACCUCUCUGCCCUCACCUCUCUGCCCUCACCUCUCUGCCCUCACCUCUCUGCCCUCACCUCUCUGCUCUCACCUCUCUACCCUCACCUCACCUCUCUGCUCUCACCUCUCUGCUCUCACCUCUCUGCCCUCACCUCUCUGCUCUCACCUCUCUGCCCUCACCUCUCUGCUCUCACCUCUCUGCCCUCACCUCUCUGCCCUCACCUCUCUACCCUCACCUCUCUGCCCUCACCUCUCUGCCCUCACCUCUCUGCCCUCACCUCUCUGCUCUCACCUCUCUGCUCUCACCUCUCUGCCCUCACCUCUCUGCCCUCACCUCUCUACCCUCACCUCUCUGCCCUCACCUCUCUGCCCUCACCUCUCUGCUCUCACCUCUCUGCUCUCACCUCUCUGCCCUCACCUCUCUGCCCUCACCUCUCUGCCCUCACCUCUCUGCCCUCACCUCUCUGCCCUCACCUCUCUGCCCUCACCUCUCUGCCCUCACCUCUCUACCCUCACCUCUCUGCCCUCACCUCUCUACCCUCACCUCUCUGCCCUCACCUCUCUACCCUCACCUCUCUGCUCUCACCUCUCUGA